GCCAUUGUCCAUUUGCUUCGUCGAACCGAUAUAAUUUUUUGAAGUCCCGACCAAGUCAAGAUGGAGAGCAAGACAAUAUCGAUGUUUAUGAUAAAAGAUAGAAUAAUACAAAUGUUUCGUCUAAUGGACGAACUGUUCUGGCAACCGCAAGAGAGCGAACUGUGCAUGAAAGAAUAUCUUUACGUCCGUAAGAGAAUCAAAGUCAUAGCUUUAACGUAUAUUUUAUCUCUUGGUUCCUCAUACAUGGGGUUCAUAUUGGUACCGCUGCUGACAGAAGGAGAAAAUCUUGUUGUUGAGUUUUAUAGACCUAAGCACAUCCCUUAUAUUGCGCUGUAUCUCUUCCAAUGCUACAUAGGUUUGUCACAUUUGAUUGGAGGAAGCUUCUGUUUUGAUAUUAUACUAUACAGCACUAUGAUGCAUACGGCAGCUCAGUUGAGAAUAUUAAACAAAGUGAUUCAGGGAGCCUUCGAUAUAAAAAUACAAACUGAGGAAGAUUUGAAGAAAUUCAAGUUGUUAAUGAGACGGUGUAUUGAACAUCAUGAUUUUCUGUUGAAAUACAUCAAAACAAUUGACGAGAGAUAUGCGAGUGCACUAGGAACGUUUUUCAUAACCAUGUUCAUGUGCAAUGUUGUCGAUUCAUACAGGUUUACAACUUCUACUUACUUACUGGCAACCUUCAGAUCUUUCUCGUAUGUGGUUAGUAGCAUAACGCUGAUAUUUUUCAUGUGCUACUUUAUACCCGCUCAGUCGCUUCAAGAUGAGGAAACACAGUGGUAUAUUAAAUGGCAUAGAAAACACAGCACCCAGCUAGGGAAAUCAGCAAGAGCAUUUAUUUUAGUAAAUGGUACAAGUACAGCCCUCUCGCAAAACCGGUAAUAAUCAUCAUUGGCAGGACAGCAAGGCUUAGCAAGAUAGUUCCAUGUGGUAUAUGGGAAUUGAACUUAGAAACGGGUCUUAUGGUAGUUAGGGGAAUUGUAUCCUAUGCGAUGUUCCUGAGGACAGCAGAUAGUUUAUCUAAUGGACAGAAUGAUUAAUGAAUGAUUGAGUACAAUAUGAAAAUGCUUAACAUUUUGAUACCAUACGUUUUCCUGUACAUUGAAUUUCAACUUUAUUACUAUUAUAUUUUUGUUAUACAAGUGAAGAAAAUGCUAAAUAUUUUUUGCAUAAAAUGACCGUACUAUUAUGCUGGACGUGCCA